AUGGGCAAUCGUGAUGCAGAUUAUGAGGAGUUUCUGGCUUUGCGGAAGCAUGUUCGCAAGUUGCAACAGGGGACACCUUUGCUCUUGAAUACCCUUGGCGGACAAGACGAUCUUCAAAUCUGCGCUUUUCAGAUCUCCCAGGAUUUGCAAACGCUGACCUGGCGCGAAUGUGAAGGCAACGGCAGCUCCAAACGACUGCCCUUGAGCUCCAUUGGCUCCAUCAAAGAGAUCAACAUCCCUCGAAAUGGUUCAGGUGGUGAAGGUCACUUUGCACUUCAAGUGCGGUUACGUGACGACCAACGUGUGCCUAACGUGCCAAAGACCUUCGAACUAAUUUGCACAUCCCAGGAGGAUUUGGAUGCCUGGCAGCAGGGCCUGCGCUUUCUGAUGGGCGACAGCGACAGCGAUGCGAAGACGGCCCAACAGGGCCCGCCGGUCCCAUCGCCCGAGACGGCGCAGUUGAAGGCCCAGGAGGAGCUGAACGAACGACUGCAGCAGGAAAAUCAGAUGCUGCGAGAGAUGAUCAAAAGGAAAGAUGCCACCAUUGCGGAGCUGCUGCGGGACAGCAAAUCCAUCAAGACGGAGUCCACCUCCCGGGAGAGCGACGAGCACCUGCAGUUCCGUGAGGUGGCCAUCCUGCGGCGGAAGAACAAGCGCCUGCAGAACGAGUUGAAGUCGAAGCAGCACACCAUCUCGGGGCUGCUCAAGUUGGUGGAACGUCUCUCACAACAGGCUGAUGAGACUAGCGCCCAAGAGACUGCGGAGGAGGAGCCGCAGACCCCAGAGAUAAAUCCCAAGCAGGUCAUCGAGACCAAGGCUGGUGACGUGCCACCAAGGGUCCCUUCCAACCUGCCCAUGGCGGCCAUGGCGGCUUCCAUGGUUCCUGCGGCUCCGAGCCGCAGCACAGCGGCACCAGCGCCGGUGGAGGAGGAGGCGAAAGAUGAUGAUGCUGCUAUCUUCGGUAGUGAGUUGGCCGCCUUGGCUGACAAGCUGCAGAUGUUGGAGCGCGUGGCCGCAGCUGCCACUCAGGGCGUGGCUGCAGUCUCCAGCUUUCAGCCGCCCCCACGGAACGGGAGCCGUGAGGCGGCCCGAGGGCCCAAGAGCGCCAAAGCCUUGGAGGCCUUGCAGAAGGAGUUUGAUGUCUUGGAAGAAAAGAAGCGCCUGGUACAGCAUUUGGCCCAUACCUUGGAACCAGAACCUUCAGACUCGGAGGAUGAUGGUUUUCCACUGAGAUGA